UUGAACAUUCUGCCUGCAGGAGCUGCUUUUUAAAGUGCUAAAUUUACCAAGCUCUACGUUGUUUCCUGAGCUCUCACAAUUGGCCAGGCGCACUCGGGUUAGUGAGUUAUAAGGUUAGAGCACCUCCUUCCACGUUUAAACUUGUUCAUGUCUUUGGAGCACAGCUGCGGAGAGGCGACAGUGAAAUUAGCGCACACACUCUGGCGCGACUGCCGCUUAACACAACGCAACUUUGACAAGAGAUAGCUCUUAUUUCAGCAAACCAUGGCCUUAUCCGGAGUGAUGCUACCGUCAUUUUCGACAUUCUCGAUCCAAAGAGAAAAAACCUGGGACAACAGAUGGAAAGGAGAGAUGGACAAACCAGUCCCCACCAGUUGCUCCAUGCUUGAAAUGGUACAUAACCUGGACAAUCACAGCAAAAAGGACGACGAGGAUCUGAGUAAUUAUUUGGAUCUGGAUUUUAUUCUCGCCAACACAACUGGCUCAGACAGCGCCGCGGAAUAUGUGGGCACAGUUGAUCCCAGCAUGUACACAACGGGAAACUCAAUGCCCUCCUACCCAGCAGACGACCACCGCUCCCCGCCGCCCCCGUACGGCGCCAGCCUCAUGACUGAGCUGCUCCGCUCCGAAGGAACCAACAGCUAUGGCAUUACGCGCAACCCCAGCAUUCAGGGGAGAUUUUAUGUCAACACUGCGCCUUUCCCCCGCUCGGACAACAUCAAAGUGGAGCCACCCAUGGACAGUUACGGCCCCGUUUUGGGCAUGGUGCCUCAGAGCUGCAGCAAAAUCAAGCAAGAAGGGAACGUUUCGUGCAUGAUGUCCUUCGAGCAACCCCGGGUGGCCAUCUCUCCCCGAGCAGCCAGCAACAUGACACCGCCUCUCAGCCCCGAUGACCAGGGUGCUUCGGACUGCCAGGCACAGCUGUGCCAGCCUAUGAGCUUCCCACAGAAGUAUCAUGCACCGGCGGCUUUCUCGCACCACCCUCAGGUUCCACAGAUGCAGAUGCCCUAUCACGCUCCGCACGCUCCCUUUGGCAUGUACGAUGAAGGUCUCAGCUUGCAGCCAGGUGCUCAGAGGGUGAUGCUCACACCGCCUUCAUCUCCCCUCGAGUUGCUUGAGUCCAAACCCAAGAGAGGGCGACGCACAUGGCCACGAAAGCGCACAGCGACGCACACAUGCACCUUCGCUGGCUGCGGAAAAACAUACACCAAGAGUUCACAUCUGAAGGCACAUCUCCGAACUCACACCGGCGAGAAGCCAUACCACUGCAGCUGGGAAGGCUGUGGGUGGAAAUUCGCCCGCUCCGAUGAGCUGACCCGUCAUUUCCGCAAACACACCGGACACAGGCCCUUCCAGUGCCACCUGUGUGAGCGCGCCUUCUCCAGGUCUGACCACCUGGCACUUCACAUGAAGAGACACAUGUGAAGCCCUCAUAAGGACUUGGGGAUCAGGGGGGGUUGUGCUGUUUUUAUUGUGACGUAUUUUUAUUUAAAAUGUUCAACACAUGACCAAAGUCUUUUUAUAUAAUAUUGGAUUUAAAAAGUUUGUGUUAUUAUCCUUAAUAACGUAGCUGGUACUACUUUCUUUCAGUAGAGGCUUUAGAAAAGCUGCGUUUCCUUUUAAGUAACAGACCAAGAAAGGGCUGGCCCUGUAUAUACUAGUCUUCUACAGAACUGGAGUGUUUGACACAAGUGCCUUGCUAUGGCCGUGCUACUGUAAAACUUUUAGUGACACAAUAUGGCCAGAAACUAGUUCAUGUUCAUGCUGACAGGAGUCAAGUGUGCAUAAAAAUCCAAAAUGUGCCCAAAGACAAUGUUUCUUUUAAACUGCCUUGAAGUCUGAAUGGCCCAAGCUGUUCCUUAUAACUGCCUCUUCUCGUGUGAACCUCUCUGAUUCAGUCCACUCGUCACUAUCAGGGCUUGAUGCCUUGUGCAUUAUUUUUUACUUAAAU